AUGAAGUUGCUGCUGGUGUUGUGCGCCUUACUGGCGAAUGUAGCGCUCGUGCAUGCCGAAACGUGGUCGGUGGCUGGCACAGUGCAGGCCUUUAGAAUUGAUUCGUUGAAAGGAAGACAUCAAAUCGUGAGUUUUAAGUUUUUUGACACAUAUCAUUAAACGCUACUGUGGCGGACCUGAUCCAAUGGCAAAAAACAAAGCAUUUUGCAUCCGGGAAGUGUCAAAAAUGUGGCAAAAUACCUCCCUUUCUAAAAGGAGGUAUUUUGCCACAUUUUGCCUUUCCUUGAGAAAACAGUGAGAAACGCUUGCGACAAGAAGUCUAAGCACUUUUGAAACGAGUAACAUUAUAUGUAUAUACAUGGUAGUAUUAUAUCCGAUCAGAAUCUCAAACAUACAGAUGUUGAGACGGGUAAAGCCGCCCUCUAAGGCCAGGCCAACAAUGUAAAUUUUCAACUAGAAAUUUAAAAUUUUAUCCGUUUUCGAUAGUCAUCUGUCAAAAUAUCCGUUCCAAAUUUUGCCCAAAAUAUCCUGAUACAGCGUCGGACCUGAUCCAAUGGCAAAAAACGUGCCAUUUUGCAUCCGUGGAGUAUCAAAAAUGUAGCAAAAUACCUCAAUGUCCAACUUAAAGAAACCCUUUCUGAAGGGCCCACCUUUUCCAUCAUAAAAACAGCUUUUGAAAUCGACUUUUUUCACUUGAAGAAGGAGGUAUUUUGCUACAUUUUUGAUACUUCCUGGAUGAAAAAUGGUACGUUUUUUGCCACCGGAUCAACUCCGCCACUGUAUCAUUCCCCAUAUUGUGAGGCUUUCCAAGAAAAAACCCGUUUUAGAAAGUCCGUCUCGUGCAAGGCGGCGCGUGGGAGACCACCUGCGGAGAGAUGAUUGUGGGUGAGAACGGUGGCUUCAGCCUCACUUGCCAGAAGCCGUGGUUCAGCAACCAAGCUCAUUUGUACAUGUAAGUCCGAAAAAGCAAUUGAAUUUUCGGAAAAACAUUACCAGUGUCGGGAAAAUAGUGAGCACUUUGUCGCAUCGAAAAUCGCAUCGCCGCCGAGAAAAUGAAAUGUGUCGCAACAAAAGCCAAUUGUUUUUUCACCUUUUUUUGAGUCUACAGACUAGGAAGGGAUUCGGAGUUCUUUGGAGACAUUUUAUACGGUGAAACAUUCUCAUACCUCGUACACGUUUCAUCGUAUAACAAGUCGAUUUUUUGAGACAUUUUUGCAUGUUCGCGGUCAUUGUUUUCCCGACAGACUUUUUUAUGACCUUUUUUGAGUCUACAGACUACGAAGAGAUUGGGAGUUCUAUGAAGACAUUUUAUACGGUGAAACAUGUCCAAAAUCCGUUCAUGUUUCAUCGUAUAACAAGUCGAUUUUUGAAGAAAUUUUUGUAUUUUCAUGCUCAUUAUUUUCCCGACAGAUUGAUAAAUAACAACAUUAUGACUUCCAGGUACCACCGUCUCUACUACGGAGAGCAAUGCCGCUACACCAAGUUCCCAAACAUUGAUCCCAUCUCGAGUGGCGACACUUGGGCGAUCUCCGAAUACGACGACGGUGAGGCCAGCGACGACUUAUGCCCUCAUGAAUAUUACUAG